UACAAAAAUAUCUUGAUAAAUUUUAUUCCAAAAAUAACAUCUUUAUGCUAAGUUUUGAAUUUUUUAUAAAAAAUUUAAAUGAUUUAAACACUGAAAAAAGAGUUGGAACUUAACGGUUCAGAUUAGACCUGCAAUCAAUCCACCAUUAUUGAUCUCCUCUUAAACUCAAAGGCUUCAGCAAUACUUCAAUGACUAAUCCAUAAUAUAUUUUUCCCGCCCCAUUCUCUAACGGCCAUGGAGGCCGCCGUAGCGGCGCCAAGCCGAUCCUUCAUCGUCUCGGCGAUCAAAUCUUCCAUUGAUCAGAAAUUCCUCUCAUUUGGACAAUCUCUCCAUGCUAUUGCCGUCAAAAUCGGAUUUUUACCUGAAAUACUUCUCUGCAAUCAUCUCAUCAACAUGUAUGCGAAAUGCGACAGCUUGGACAAUGCGCACAAAGUGUUUGAUGAGAUGCCUGAGCGAAAUUUGAUCUCUUAUUCCACUCUAGUUUCAAGCAAUUCUCGAUCUGGAAGCCCUAGACUUGCCUUGCAUCUCUUGUCCCAGUUGCAAUCACAAGCUUUCUGCCCGAACCAAUUUGUCUUCUCGAGCUCCAUUGCGGCGUGUGCAAAGCUGAACUCGCUCGGUUUUGGGCAGCAGAUACACGCACAAGUUAUUGCUUCCGGUUUUGAAUCAGACUUCUUUGUUAGUACUACACUGGUUGACAUGUAUUCGAAGUUCGGUGAAUUGGAUUUGGCUAAUUCCAUCUUCAAGAAAUCUGAAGCUAAGGAUCCUGUUUUGUUUAAUUCCAUGGUUUCUGGGUAUGUGAGCUCUGGUGCUCAUGAAGAAGCUUUGCUUCUUUUUGGAGAUGAAAGGAAAUUUGGUUAUUUUAAACCAACUGAGUUCAGUUUUGGUAUCCUCAUAAAAGCCUGCUCUGAUCUGAACAAAGAAAUUGGACUGCAAUUUCAUGGUUUGAUAUUGAAAUAUGGGUUCAAUUCCAACUGUUUUGCUGGAACUUCUCUUGUUGACUUGUAUGGUAGGCUUGGACAUGUGGAGAGCUUGGAAAAGGCCUUCGAGGAAAUCCUGUCUUGCGAUAUCGCUUUGUACAAUGCAAUGAUUGGCGGUUUUUCGAGAAAUGGACUCGAUCUUCUUGCACUGGAUUGUUUCAGUGAACUUCUAUUUGAAGGCUUCACCCCUAAUGAGUGCACCUUAGCUAGUGCACUCAAAUCUAGUGCUUUGCUGAGGUCUCAUUGCUGGGGAAGCUUGAUUCAUGGCGUUGGGGAGAAGUCCAAAUUCAGUGAACAUCUCAUAGUAAAGACUGCUUUGAUAGAUAUGUAUAUGAAAUGUGGGAAAACAGAGGAAAGUUGCAGUAUCUUUGAUUCCAUGAUUGAAAGAAACACAGUCUCUUACAAUUCAAUGAUUUUUGGAUUAGGCCAGAAUGGAUAUUUUGAUAAAGCAGUGAGACUUUCUACUGAGAUGAAGUCCUUGUAUAUAGAAGUUGACCCAUCAACCUUUGUUGCUUUAAUGAAUUCUUGUUUGGGACAAGAGUGGGUUGUCUAUGGUGAUGCAGUUAAACAUGGACUUGGUUCAGACCUGAUGAUCAGAAAUGCACUUCUUAGUUGCCUUAUCAAGAAAAGCUCUGCAGAAGAAGCUCUUGGAUUUUUCAAAAAGAUGAAGGAGAGAAAUGUUGUUUCAUGGACAACUAUCAUUUCAGGACUCACUCAACUGGAUCUUCAUUCUAAUGCUAUUGAAGUUUUCAAAACUAUGUGUUCCUCUGAAAUCUUUCCUAAUAGUUUCACUUUUUCCAGUGCCUUGAAGGCUUGUGGGAAUUUAGCUAGUAUAAAGCAAGGAAGGUGUGUUCAUGCAAGUGGAAUCAAGUAUGGAGUCAUGGAUGAGUACACCAAUAGCUCUCUUCUCGACAUGUACGCGAAGUGCGGGGUUUUGGAAGACAGUAGAAGAUUGUUUGAAGAGAUUGGUAGCGAAGAGAUAGUGUCUUGGAACACGAUGAUCACUGCAUAUGCACAACAUGGACGAGGCCGAGAAGCUCUAGAGAUAUAUACUAUGAUGCAAGAGCGAAAUUUGGAGCCAAACCAUGUUACUUUCGUGUCGCUUUUGUCUGCUUGCAGUCACUGCGGUUUGCUAGAUGUUGGAAUCGAACUUUUCGAGCUAAUGGUUUCGAAACAUAGAAUUGUUCCUCUUAUGGAGCACUAUGCUUGCAUGGUUUAUUUGUUUGGUAGGGCAGGGUUUCUGGAUCGAGCAAAGCUGUUCAUUGAUGGUAUGCCAUUUGAGGCUGAUGCAUCAAUAUGGACAGUAUUUUUAGCUGCUUGCAAGCUCCAUGGAAACUCUGAGCUAGCACAGUUGGCAAGGAAGAAGCUUGAUGGAAUGCUUUGUGAAGAUAAUUCUACACUUGUCCUUGUGUCUAAUAUGUUCUCUGAAGAAGGAAAAUGGGAUGAGGCUGAAAAGGAAAGAAAUAAGAUCAGCUGGGAUGGUAUGGGAAAGGAGCCUGGACUUAGCUGGGUCCAAAUUGCAGAAGCUUUUGCUUGACUAGCACAAAGAGUGGACAUUUUAUUUUGUUUGGAUAGUAGGAAAUUGCAGCUGGUGUUCUGAGGGAAAUAAGAAAAUUCAUGGAGAUAUUUGAUGGGCAGAACACAUUAAACACUGAAGUUGGUAAACUUCGACAUCCAGCAACUUUUCUAAUUACUAUGUACUAAUUUGGUAUUCAUUCUAUGCUGGUUAAGGUUAUUAAGCAAAGUCCUACAUGGGGUCCUGCUUGGGUACCCAUGCUUUAUUCGGACGGGCUUUGCC